GCGCCGCUCGCCGUAGAUACAGGAAGUGAGACCAAAACAAAGGAGCGCCGGCUGGGAGCGGACCUCUUUGAGCCGGUGUCCCUGCUUCUUCACCCCGGCCCACUCCACCACAGAAGCCGCACGACCAUGUCCAACAUGGAGAAACACCUGUUCAACCUGAAGUUCGCGGCCAAAGAACUGAACAGGAGUUCCAAAAAAUGCGACAAGGAGGAAAAGGCCGAAAAAGCCAAAAUUAAAAAGGCCAUUCAGAAGGGCAACAUGGAAGUUGCGAGGAUACACGCCGAAAAUGCCAUCCGCCAGAAGAACCAAGCGGUGAAUUUCUUGAGAAUGAGUGCGCGGGUGGAUGCGGUGGCUGCCAGAGUCCAAACUGCGGUGACGAUGGGCAAAGUGACCAAGUCCAUGGCCGGUGUGGUUAAGUCGAUGGAUGCGACGUUGAAAACCAUGAAUCUGGAGAAGAUCUCCGCCUUGAUGGACAAAUUCGAGCACCAGUUUGAGACCCUGGAUGUGCAGACGCAGCAAAUGGAAGACACGAUGAGCAGUACGACGACGCUGACCACUCCCCAGAACCAAGUGGAUAUGCUACUCCAGGAAAUGGCAGACGAGGCGGGCCUCGACCUCAACAUGGAGCUGCCGCAGGGCCAGACCGGUUCCGUGGGAACGAGCGUGGCUUCGGCUGAGCAGGACGAACUGUCCCAGAGACUGGCCCGCCUUCGAGAUCAAGUCUGACCGCAGAACCAGCCCAAGGUUUCCUUUGACGCUUCUCUGUUUUAGAGAGGUGCCCUAGAAUUGGGCCAGAAUACCGAAGGCUCUUCUUUCUAAAAACCUUUGGAUAUAUAGCCCUCUCCAGAUAGGAUAAGAAAUUCCAGUUUUCCUCCACUACGAACUGGAUUUUAAAGUUCUUUAUAGCUUAUGAUGAUGUGUAUUUUUUUAUAGCUGCCUUUUAACAGGACCGGCUAAUUUGCUCUAUAUGAAUCUAGAAAGAUCGGCAGAACUCUAGCCCUCAUGUGUUCCGUUAUCACUUAGAAUUAUAAGAUUGAAGUUUGUUUUUAGUUUGGUUGACGAUACAUCGACCGACAAGUGGUACAAAAACUUAAAUGAGGAGGAAUGGGUACUUAGUUGACUUACAAAUCUGUAAACACCGUUCAACUUAUUUAAUGAAAAAUACUUUGUAUUUCAUUUGGUUUUGCUAUCGAAGAACAACUACAAUUGAUUAAUUUAUUCUCAUAGCUUAUAUUAAAAUUACCUUACAAAAUGCUCAUUUUACAUUCUGUUAGUUCAUGUAAUAAUGCAGUUUGAGUAACUGGGGAAAAUGCCAAUAAUUGAUUACCAGGAGAAAUUAAAUUUGUUCAAUAUAUCCUAUUUACCGUAAAUUCUUAAAGCUUAACAUUUGAUAAUUUCUAGUUGCUUUCUAAUGAAGAUCAACCCUUUGUAGACUUAUCAAAAUAAUGUCCAUCAGCAUGGCAGUCCUAUUACAUGCCUAACAUUGCCAAAGAACUGCUGCUUUGUCCAGGUAAAUCCUGGAACUGUGUUUUGUUCUUAUUUAAUAGCCAAAAAAUAUAAACAUUUUUGUUCUAA